AUGGGCAAGAUUGUCGUGGCGUUCGACCUCUACGGCACCUUGCUGUCGACGGAGAGCAUUGCAAAGGAGCUAGCAUCCCACUUUGGGCAAGAGACGGCCGCGUCGAUUGCGACGGUAUGGAGAAAGUAUCAACUCGAAUACACUUGGAGGUUGAACAGCAUGAGUACGUAUGGCCCGGACUUCCGAAAUCCAUGCAAAGCGCAAAAGGAGCAACCUGAUCAUGCUGACGCCGUGUCCGCGAAAGAAAAGUAUGACGACUUCUUCAAAGUGACUCGUAACGCGUUGCUGCAUGCCUUGGCGGAACACGGUGUCGGGCUCGAAGACCAGGCCCUCGACAAACUGAUGCUGGCCUACGAUUCCCUGUCGACCUUUCCGGACGUCAAUCCGGCCCUGGAGAGACUCAGGGAUAACUCCAACGUCGAGUGCGUGGUGUUCUCUAACGGGACCCACGCCAUGGUGACAAACUCGGUCAACGGGUCGCAGGAUCUCGACUCUUCGGUCCUCAAGGGCACCGUCUCGAUCGACGACAUCAGAAUUUACAAACCCGCCCCAGAGACUUAUCAUCACCUGGCCCGAAAGACGGGCAAAGAAAACGAGAUGGAUAAGGUGUGGCUCAUCUCGGGCAAUCCGUUUGACAUCACUGGAGCCCGAACGGUAGGUAUGCAAACAGCGUGGGUUGACCGAGCAGGAAACGGCUGGCAGGAUAGACUUGGGCUCGGACCAACAGUAGUUGUCAAGAGUCUGGAGGAGGUUGCGGAGGCGGUCGAGAGACAUGCCAAAAGCACUGCAUAG